CGAAGAAACACCAGUUGCGGACUCUUAACAUCGUCGGAGGUGGAAGCGGGGCGUCUUGCACUGCAGCAACUUCAGCAGCACGCGCCCGAGCACGUCGGCUGGCCGCGGACAUGGAACGUUCGCGUCUGGCCCGUAAUGGCAAUAUCUGCAGGCAUUUCUUGAAUGGCUCAUGCAGAUAUGGCUCGAGAUGCUAUUAUCGACACGAAUUGCCCGCUCCACCGCCAGCUCAAAUAUGUCGCUACUACCAGAAAGGCGCAUGCUGGUAUGGUGAACACUGCAGGUACAUCCAUGUCCCCCAAUCUGAAGCUGGUGCAGAUGUUGCAGGUCGAAGACUGUCUGUACCAACGAUCUUCUCCUCCACAUCCUCCUCCUCUUCCUCCUCCACCUCCACCGCCGCCCAACGUCCAGCUGACCGAAGGCGUUCCGAGACGUUUGCUCGUGCGCAGGCUGAUGUGUCGCCAAGGCGGCGACGUGGCACUUUGGGGUCUGCUGUCAACUCAACAAAUGUCACAGACACUGGGAACAGAAAUGCCGAGAGACGAUUACAAGAUGCUCACUCCCGAGUGUCGCCCAAGAGCUCUGAACAGUGUUCUACAAGUGUAUGUGACAAAGAGGAAAGCCUUGCCAGCGGCACGGAAGCCACAGGUGGCGCUGCAGCCUCGUGCGCUGACGCUACGUUGGAGGCUUUCCUCCAGAGUCGAGAUGUCAUCUGUGGCAUAUGCAUGGACAAGGUGUAUGAGAAGAUGGACCGCAGUAACCAGGUGUUUGGAAUCUUGCCCAACUGCAGUCAUGCCUUCUGCCUGCAGUGCAUCAUGACCUGGAGGAAAACUAGAGACCUCGGGUCUGAUGUUGUCAAGACCUGCCCACAAUGCAGGGUGAGAUCUGCCUUUUAUGUGCCGAACAAAUACUGGGUGGAAGGUCAAGCGAAGGAAAAACUAAUAGCAGACUUCAAAAAAAAAUUCAGUAAGCAAAGCUGCUCUUACUAUGCCCGAUACCAAUACUGCCCCUUUGAGACGGAGUGCCUCUACCGGCAUGACAGGUCUACACACCACAGAGCAUUGCUGUGUAAUACAGAUGAUGACGAUGAUGACGACGAUGAUGAUGAAGAGGACGAUGAUGAAGAGGAGGAUGAUGAAGACUACGAUGGUCUGCUCAAUUUCUUCAUAGCCAUGACUCUUCUUCGUGCUGACGAGGAGGAGGAUGAUGAUAAUGAUGAUGGUGACAAUUUUGACUUUCCUUUUUUCUUAGCGGGGUAUGGCUUCUGAGCCUCCUUUCUCUUCCCACGCAAUUUUCUCCAUGUGGAAACUGGUCCUAGAAUGAAUUGUCACCACACGACGAUGUGGCUAUGUUAUGAUACGACUGACUGUCCCGCUUGGAUGUUUUUUGGGGGGUAGGGGGGGCGGAAUAGGCGAGUCUCAGUUGUUACUUAGUGGGUCAUGUGACUGACCUGCUUUCCCUCAACCAGAGAGAAACUAACCUGAAUUGACUCUGCUGCGGUGGACAGCUUGAAAUAAAUGGUGCACAAUGCUCAGAUAAACAGUCUGGAUAAGAUAAAUCUAACGACAAAUUCAAAGGCUACUUCUUCCAGCUGUUUUUUCCCUCCUUUUCUUAUUGCAGACAUUGACACAUUUUUCUCUAUGCCUCUCGUUAGAUUUAAGUGCUCAUAACUGAGUUUACCAGAUAAAUGUUUUUAAAUGUUUCGUGGAUGGACCCUUUUAAAUUGUCUAAAGAUAAAAAGUGUACUGUGCCCCUCUUUGGUUGAUGUCCAAUCCUGAAUAUUCCUGCCUUGGUGUACCCUGAUGAUACUCUAACCUUGUUUUGGCAUAACUGAAAAUUAGAUAUAUAUAUAUUUUUUGUCUUUUAAAACAAGUUGUACUCGUACAUUGAAAAUAAACCUUAUUUCAAAGUUUGCCUCACUGAAAA